CCGGACCUCAACUAUGUAGACCGCCUGUAAAAGCCACGAUUCCACCAGGCGGGGAUGGUUAGCCGAGAGGCCCCGCAGUUUCUUCGAGUAACUGCAGUGCAGAACCUAGAACGGCCAUGAGCAUCCCGAGAUCCGCUGGACCAAAGAAGGCCCUGACCUAGAGCACCCAGACAGAUAACGGCGGAGCUCUUCAGCCGGACCCUGCAAAGUCAGAGAGAAUUUGGGAAAGUAGCAAACAAAAUACCGUAUCUGAAAGAAGGUUCUGGGUAACAGAAGUUUUGGACAACAGGGCGAAGCAGUCCCAGCACCAUGAGCUGGAGCUUCCUGACGCGCCUGCUGGAGGAGAUCCACAAUCACUCGACGUUCGUGGGCAAGAUCUGGCUCACGGUGCUCAUCGUCUUCCGCAUCGUCCUAACUGCCGUGGGAGGAGAGUCCAUCUAUUACGAUGAGCAAAGCAAGUUUGUGUGCAACACCGAGCAGCCAGGCUGUGAGAAUGUCUGCUAUGAUGCCUUCGCGCCACUCUCCCACGUGCGCUUCUGGGUGUUCCAGAUCAUCCUGGUUGCAACGCCCUCUGUUAUGUACCUGGGAUACGCUAUUCACAAGAUUGCCAAGAUGGAGCAUGGCGAGGCAGACAAAAAAGCAGCUCGGAGCAAACCCUAUGCCAUGCGCUGGAAACAGCACCGGGCUCUGGAAGAAACGGAGGAGGACCAUGAGGAGGAUCCUAUGAUGUACCCAGAAAUGGAGUUAGAAAGUGAAAAAGAAAAUAAAGAGCAGAGCCAGCCAAAACCUAAGCAUGAUGGCCGACGACGGAUUCGCGAGGAUGGGCUCAUGAAAAUCUAUGUGUUGCAGCUGCUGGCCAGGACUAUGUUUGAGGUGGGCUUUCUAAUAGGGCAGUAUUUCCUAUACGGCUUCCAAGUCCACCCAUUUUAUGUGUGCAGCAGACAUCCUUGCCCUCAUAAGAUAGACUGCUUUAUUUCCAGACCCACUGAGAAGACCAUCUUCCUUCUGAUAAUGUAUGGUGUCACAGGCCUCUGCCUAUUGCUCAACAUUUGGGAAAUGCUUCAUUUAGGGUUUGGGACCAUUCGAGACUCACUAAACAGUAAAAGGAGGGAACUUGACGAUUCGGGUGCUUAUAAUUACCCUUUCACUUGGAAUACGCCAUCUGCUCCCCCUGGCUAUAACAUUGCUGUCAAACCUGAUCAAAUCCAGUACACGGAGUUGUCCAAUGCUAAGAUUGCCUACAAGCAAAACAAAGCCAAUAUCGCCCAGGAACAGCAGUAUGGCAGCCACGAGGAGCACCUCCCAGCUGAUCUGGAGACUCUGCAGCGGGAGAUCAGAAUGGCUCAAGAGCGCUUGGAUCUAGCUAUCCAGGCUUACCAUCACCAGAGCAACCCCCAUGGUCCUCGGGAAAAGAAGGCCAAAGUGGGGUCCAAAUCUGGGUCCAACAAAAGCAGUGUUAGUAGCAAAUCGGGGGAUGGGAAGACCUCCGUCUGGAUUUAAUCUUGGUUGGGCUUAAAACUUGGGUUUUCAUAGUUUAUGGUAAGCAGCAACUCGCUGAAUAAUGACUUCCAUUGAGUAAACAUUUGGCUCUGGUUAUCUUCAGGGAUGCUGUCGGCUCAUGAUCCAAACUCAGGGGACUCUGAAGGUGGAGCUGGGAUGAGUGGGGAGAGGGAAGCACAGUGUUCCCGGGCACAUGUUCUCAGCAAUAAUGCAGUUGCAGAACUUUAUGUUUGUGUCUUCCAGAUCCGGAGAAGAACAGAUAUAUUUAAAUCAUUCUUGUUGAACAGUUUUUGUAUGUACAGUAUUAUGGUACAUUUUUUUAGUAUGAUAACUUUUUUUUUGUAUUUGUACAUUGGACUGCUGUAGUUAUACUUUUUUAUAUUAAAGGAAAAAAGUAUUGUAAAUAAUGCCUGUUACAGGCUAGUGUUACUACUUUGUUUAGCAAAUGUUACCUUGUGAUUAGAGUUUCAGUGGAUGCUACACUCAAUAAAAGUGCCUCUUGUGUUUCAGGAAAGAUUUAAGAUGCGUAGGGAAACUGAGGGAGAAAGUCCAGUCUUCAAGUCUUUGGAAGAAGAUCCCUUUUAGAAAGAGGUUGAGAUCUACUUUCUGCCUGAGAGAUCUUGGAAUCUCCUUCUUGUGACCAAAUUGUAGCCAUUCUUAGAAAAUGUUUCCAAAGUGGGGAAAGAACUGAUCCACUAGAGGUUCCCACUGCGUGGUGCCUGGAUGGUGUGUCUGACAGGAGCAGUGUGGCUCACCGGCGAGCAUGGCAGUGCUGUGGUCUACGCUGCUUCUCCCAGUAAGCAAAGGCAUCCCUGACGCCUGAAGAAUGAACAUAGACUAAGUUGCCCUGAGUCUCUGUCCAGAAACCCAACUGGUUUCUGAAAAAGUUGGUCAUGAAUAUCUUCUGUAUCUGUUAACAUUAGAAAUACAAACAAAAAUGCUCAGAUUUAAG